CGAAUCUACUACAUAGGGAUAGGGUAGUUGAAGGUUGCCAAAAGCCAAGGUUUUGACGAAUCUUAAAAAAUAAUAUCAAAUUAGGGUUUGAAAAUUUUCAAACUUGUCUUUAUAGCUAAAUUUUCCUAAUCCUACCUUUAGGCCAACCUUAUUAACUAAACCUUAAUUAAGCAUGCAUUAGCUUUUUUAACUUAGAAAAAUAAUACAAAAGUGACCAAACUCUCUAGAGCAUUGCCUAAUGUGGCCCAUUUAUAAUAUGAGCGCGCGUGCUUAAAAACAUAUUUCUCAUACAUAAAUCUAUUUGGUAUGCUAUGAUACAUAUAUUAUACUAUAUACUAUCCUUUACUACUUAUAUUUAUAUGUUUAUUUAGUAUAAGUACUCAUUUUUCUAAGGCAAAAAUUUCAUUCAAGAUUACCGUAGGGACAAACAAUGGCGGACACUACAAAAAAUUGCUAUUUUUAAUGAUAACUUUUUAGUUACAAUAUAAUUUUUUUGUGACUAAAUGUAUAGCAUGAUCCUAAUAUUAAUUAAUUGUAUACUGACAAAUUAUAAUCUUCCCAUGCACUUAAUUAAUUUGCCAUGAUUUAUGGCAUCCUAGCUAUGAGCUAUCUCAUCAUCAUAUGGCACAUGUAAUAUACUUCUUUUCUAUAAUUAGAAUUAUUUUCUCAGUCUCAUUUUCUUUGUUUAAUUUUUCCAUGCAUCUUAAUGAUACAUUUCAUUAAUAAUAAUUAAUUAGCAUGGAGAACUUGCAUGUAUAUAUAUGAUCAAACUGAGUAGUAGUUUCAUAUGCAUAUAUUGUUUCGCAUACAUAAUCUCUUAUGUUCUCUCACUCACUAAAUCUUUUCCAUUAUUCAUCUCUAAUUUAUAUCAUGGAGUACCUCUUUCCAUCUAUCUUAUUCCUUCUCACAUUUCUUCUUAUAAUAAUCAUCUCAUUGAUUAUGAAGGCAUCAUCAAAAACCUAUCAUGAUAAAGCCAGCAUAACAAGCAAUGUUUCCUUAACAACAAAGUUACCACCAGGGCCAAUGAAGCUACCUCUCAUUGGAAAUCUACACAACCUUAUAAGCUCUUCUCUCCCGCAUCACCGGUUGAGGGAUUUGGCUAAGCAAUAUGGACCAUUGAUGCACCUUCAACUCGGUGAAGUUCCUCACAUUGUUGUUUCUUCACCCGAGAUUGCGAAAGAGAUGAUGAAAACUCAUGAUCUCAACUUUUUUGAAAGGCCUUUUCUUCUCAUUGCUGGAAAGUAUUAUGGUAUAGAUAUUAUUUUUGCACACUAUGGUGAUUAUUGGAGACAAAUGAGGAAGAUUUGUGCAGAACAAUUGUUAAGCCCUAGACGAGUCCAAUCUUUUCGAUCUAUUCGAGAAGAAGAAGUGUUUGAUUUAAUUCAAUACGUGCAUUCAAAAGAAGGAGAGUCUUUCAAUCUUAGUGAGAAAAUAUCCACACUAACAUAUAACAUCACUGCAAGAGCAGUCUUUGGUAAGAAAUGUAAAGAACAAAGAGCCUUUAUAUCAGCUGUUGAAGAAGUUCUAAAGAUCGCUGCCGGUUUCAGUGUCACUGAAGCAUUCCCUUCACAAAAAUGGUUGCAUUGGAUUAGUCGCUCAGGGCCUAGUUUGGAAAUGAAGAUUAAAUUAAUGGAAACAAUUCUUGAUAGCAUCGUAAAUGAACAUAAAAAUGAUAGAGAACAAGAGAAUGUUAAUCAUUAUACAAAAAAAACCAAGGGUUUCUUGGAUGUUCUUUUGGAUCUUCAAGGUAGUGAUGAGCUAACAAUUCCACUAGAGCCUUUAAACAUCACAGCAAUCAUCUUGGACAUGUUCAUUGGAGGAAGUGAAACAUCAUCUGUAGUUGUGGAGUGGACAAUGUUAGAGUUGUUGAAAAAUCCGACAUCAAUGGAGAAGGCGCAAGCUGAGGUAAGACAAGUGUUUGGGAAAAAUAAUAAUGUUGAUGAAACAAAACUUCAUGAGCUUAAAUUCUUAAAGAUGGUUAUCAAAGAAAUCAUGAGAUUACACCCUCCUGGACCUUUUUUAAUCCCAAGAGAAUCUAAAGAAAGUUGUGUCAUGAAUGGCUAUUACAUACCUGCAAAAACUAAAGUACUUGUCCAUACAUGGGCAAUAGGAAGGGAUCCAAAGUAUUGGAGUGAAGCUGAGAAGUUUUACCCUGAAAGAUUUAUUGAUAGUUCAAUUGACUUUAAAGGGAAUAAUUUUGAACUCAUUCCAUUUGGUGCUGGUAGAAGAAUAUGUCCUGGUAUAUCAUUUGCCUUAGCAAAUAUUGAGCUUCAUUUAGCACAAUUAUUGUUCCAUUUUGAUUGGAAACUUCCUAAUGGAAUAACUCAUGAAAAUCUUGACAUGACUGAGGUUUUUGGCAUGACUGUGAGAAGAAAAGGGGAUCUCUUUGUAAUCCCAAUUCCUAGAAAUAAUCCUUUGGUUAUUGGAUAACAACACAUGGAGAUAUCUAGAAACUUUCUUAUACUAUGCACUACUUUCACUUAAGAUCUAAAUUUCCUAUAUAUGUUCUUAAUUUCUUAAUUUUAUCUUUAUUUUAUGUAUUUCUUUUAUCAGGUUUUAUGACUAGCUACUUCAAAAUAAAUAAAUAAAUAAAUAAA